AAAAUUUCCUUUGUGCUUUCCACUUCUUUCCUUUGCCAAACGAGGCCUUAGGAUGUUCAACGCUUUCCUCUUGAACACACAUUUGCAGAGCUUUGGAGUACGGUGAGUCAGUUGAGGUGGAUUUCAGGAAAAAGAGAAGCCAAAAAGUUGCGAUAAAUUUUCCUUCAGACUAAGAUUUGGGCUACGCUUACUCCACUGAAUUUGUCACUCCUCCAACACCAACGCAUUGAUGCCAUUUCCGAUUUGUUGCGAGUUUUUUCCCAAACUCUUACUUUCAGGGACAAGUAAAUACAGGUGUUUUUGGAUGCAUGGAAUGCUCAACAAGUCAACAGUGACAAAACAACUUAUUUUCUAGUGUCAAAACUAAAGGUGUGACUAAAUCAUUAUAUUGAGUUAUAUCCAGAUAGACAUUACCAGAAGGUUGAGAUUUCCCAUUCCAAAAUCUCCUUGUGGUGUGAAUAGUGAGCAAGAAAUUCUCGUGUAAAAAAUGUGGAAGUCUUUAGUUGGAGAUGAUGAAGAGCAAGGGGAGAGCUUGUUGGGUGAGGAUUCAGGUGGCCUCUGCUCCCUCUCUCCAACACAGAGAAUUUACGGAUUUGCAGCUUGUUUGAUUGCUGGUCUUGCUUGCAUGUUACUGUCAAUGAUUGUUUUUGCCAAACCCAUCAAAUUUGCAUUAUUAUUCACCUUUGGAAACGUAUUAGCAGUGGGAAGCACAGCCUUUCUUCUUGGACCUGCACAACAACUCGGAAUGAUGCUUGAUAAUGCUCGUGUUUUUGCAACAGCCAUAUACAUUGGAUGUGUGGUUAUAGCACUCAUAUGUGCGCUCUGGAUUCAUGACAAGUUGUUGACUAUAAUUGCUAUCAUAAUUGAGAUUGGUGCUCUUAUUUGGUACAGCUUAAGCUACAUACCUUUUGCUCGUAGAAUGGUUUCUGAGUUGAUGAUUAGAUUAUGCGACACAGAACUUUGAAAAAAGAAAGAAAAGAAAAAUGCAACUGAUGCUGAUGCUGUGGAUUUGGUUGUUUGUUCUAAUAUAUAGAUUAAUUUGUAAUUCAAUUAAAAUUAUUGAUUGAUUGUGAGCUUCAUAAGUUUCUUAUAACAUAGUUUCAUUAGUUUGUGCUUAUGAAACGUCAUUUUGAGCAAUGACGAGUGUUGCAAUUAUUUUCCCCAAAUCAUCUACAUUCACUAGAAACAAUAUAAGAAUGUGAUGUAAAUCAAAUUUUAUUUUAUUUUUUUGCAAGGUAAGUCUGAAACAAACCACUUGCAGGGUUUAAUUCCAAAAACUGAACUCUGGACAGUAAGUCUCUAAUCGUAACCAAUUAAACACCCAAUGGGAGCCUCCAUUGGCAUUAGGAC